AUGCAGAAUCGCAUUGAUCGCCUCGAGGGCUUGGUCCUGUCGUUGAUGCAUAACGGUGGCAACGUCGAUCCCGAAUCUGCUGCCCGCGCAAGCGAAUCUCUUUCUCACUCUACAACGGGCAGUGCCUCUUCUGCCAAAGCUUGCCGCGAGGAGGCAGCCAUGAUGGAUGACGACAGUGACGUGGAUGAUAGCCUUGCGACGUCCCUGGGCGUGCUCAAAGUCGAUAGCGACAAGGGCAAGUCCAUGUACAUUGGACAAGAGCAUUGGCAUCUGAUCCUCGCAGACAUUGCAGAGGUGAAGAACUACUUCACAAACCACAAGAAAGAACUGGAAACGAGCUACGAGCGGGUCAGGUCCUCCAAGCCUGUCACCGCCCGCGAGGGACCGACGCUGCUGCUCGGCGCUCUUCCCGCCUCAGAACUCGAGCUGCGCGCCGAGCUCCCCCCCAAGUCAAGCGUCCUUGCUCUCUGCAGCCGAUACUUCAACUCCAUGGACAAUGCAGUGAGCAUCAUACACGGGCCGACCUUCCUGCAGCAGCUCCGCACGCACUGGCAGGAUCCAUCAAAAACGCCCAUCAUGUGGAUAGGCCUCCUUUACUCGGUCCUCUGUCUUGCCAUGCUGAGUUAUCACAAAGUUGGGGAUGAGCCUCCGGAGUGGAAAGGACGCACAUUGGAGCUUGCGGACGAGUACCGCUUGCGGACCGUCCAGUGCCUCAUCAAGGCUGACUACACCAGACCGGUCGAGUACACCGUCGAGACGAUGAUUCUAUACGUCUUCGGCGAGUACUCGUCAAGAUGGGAUGCUGAUCUGGGCCUGUGGUUGAUUGUCUCUCUGAUCACGCGGAUAGCCUUCCGCAUGGGGUACCAUCGCGACGCGAAAUGGUUCCCGUCGCUGACGCCCUUUCAAGCCGAAAUGAGACGGCGGACGUGGGCGCUAGUUCGCAUGUCAGAUGUCAUCUUUUCGCACCAGGUAUCGCUACCGAGCAUGAUCUACGAGCACGACUGCGACACGCAGCUGCCCAACAACAUAUUCGACGAUGAGUUUAAUCCCGGGAUCAAACAACUGCCGCCAUCCAGGCCCAUUACAGAGGCGACGCCAAUCUCGUACAUGAUUGCCAAGGCUAAGCUCUGCAACGAACUCGGCAAUAUUCUCCAGGUAACCAACAGAGUGGGCAAGGGCGUUCCAUAUGACGAGAUCAUCCGGUUCGACGCGAAGCUCCGCCAGGUGAUGCAGGAGCUUCCUCCCCAUCUCAAGCUCGGUCCCCUCGAGGGCGCUAAUGAGCCCAUCACGCUCAUCAUCGCACGUUUCAACGUGGACAUUCUUUAUCAAAAGAUUCUGUGCCUUCUGCAUCGCAAGUACAUUUCCAAGGCGCGACAAAAUCCGCGUUACGCACACUCUCGCCGUAGUGCGGUUGAGGCGUCCUUGCAGGCGAUGGCACAUCUGCAGAUGCUUCGCCGUGAGUCUCAGGGCAACGGGCGGCUGAAAGCGGUGGGCUGGUACGUGAAAUCGAUCGCGACAAAGGAAUUCGUACUGCCCGCCAUGCUCAUCGUGCUUGACCUGCACUACGACAACAUGGCAGGCCAGGCGGGUACUUGCGAGGGCCACGAGGGCGCAUUUCUUUGGAGCUCCGAGGAGCGGGCCAACAUGAUAGGCACGCUGGAAGACGCCGUAUCUAUUUGGAAAUCGCUUGCGGACACGUCGAUGGAGGCGUUCAAGGCCUCCAAGGUCAUCGAGAUUAUGCUCCAGAAGAUCAAGGAGCCCACGCAGAGCGACAGCACGUCAAUGCCUUCUCAGACCGAUUCCUUGUCGACGCUGGAGUCAAGUAUGGGGAUGGACCAGACGCCCGCCAUGGGCCCAGGUUUGAUGCCCAUCGACGGCUUCCCGGACUUCAGCACCGGCUUGAGCCCGUUCUCGAACACCAAUAGUAGCGCCUUCAUGGGGAUGGAGUUCAGCCUGCCGCCGCCCAACCUCGUGGACAUGCAGACGGAUGGAUUUAACCCUACCGGCGCCGCCUCUCCCAUGUCCAUGUUCACCAACUUUGGCAGCGGUUCGGGCACGGGGCCUGACCUGACGGCAAACUUCGACUGGGGUGCGUUCGAGAACUAUACACAGAUGGCCAACUGGGGCGCCGACCAGAGCUUUCAGAUAUACGGUGCUGAGGAUCAGUCGCCGGGGCAGGGAUCCGGCUCCGGUAGUAUGAGCAUGCAGUAG